AUGAUUGAUGUCUGUUUAAAACAUCAUCCCUUAGAUUUAACUAAAUUUACAAAUCCAAAAUAUGAUUAUAAAAUUAUUAAAAAGUUAGGAGGUGGAAUUGAAGGUCAAGUGUUCCUUGCAAGUAUAAAUCAACAACAACAAGAACAACAACAACAUAAUGAUGGAUCCACGGAUGAAAAUAAUAAUAUAAAUUUAGCAAUUAAACGUAUAACUAUUAGUAAUUUAAGUGAUUUGGAACAACAAAUUAAAUUAAUAUUACAAGUUUGUAAUGUUGAAUCAACAUUUAAUCAUCAAUUUAAUUCAUCAUAUGCAUCAUAUGCUUCAUCAUCCUCAUCUUCAUAUGCUUCAUCAUCUUCAUCAUCUUCCAAUAAACAAGUAGUAGUUCGUAUAGUACCACACUAUGAUAUAUUCUAUAAGGAAUAUAAAAAUAAUUUAAAAGGUGAAAUUGAAUAUGCAUUAUCUAUUGUAAUGGCAUGUUGUGAUUUGGGAAGUUUAGAAGAUGUUAUUUUAAAUUUUUCAAAUAGUUAUGGAAAUGAAUUUAUUAGUGGUGAAUUAAAAUUAAAUUGGAUGAUUGAUAUAACUAGAAGUUUGGUAUUUUUUCAUAAAAGGAAAUUAGUACAUUUGGAUAUUAAACCUGAUAAUAUUUUAUUACAAUCUAAAAAAACAAAUGAUACAAAUUUAUCAUAUAAGGAAAUUAUUGAAAAUGCUCAAAUUUAUUUAUCUGAUUUUGGAUUAACACGUGAAUUUAAAGUUGGUGAUUCACCUCUUAUGAGUAUAACAGGAUCUAAAAAUUAUAUGGCACCUGAAAUAUUUGAUGGUAAAUAUUAUAAUGAAUCAGUUGAUAUGUGGGCAUUAGGAAUAGUAGCAUUACAAUUACUUGUACAAAAAAGGAGAAGUCGAUUUGAUUCAUUAAGAGAUUUAUUAUUUAAUUGUUCAAAUAAUUAUGAAACUAAAUUAGUAAUUGAUAAUUUUAUAAGUGAAUGUAUUGAUAAGAAUCAAUCUUUUAAUUUAUUAACUUUAUUACUUGAUAAAGGACAUUCAAUAUUACUAAAAUUGGUAUAUAAAUGUUUAAGAUUAGAUUCAAGUGAAAGAUUAAAUGCAACUGAAUAUUUUUCACCUAGAAAUAUUCAAAUGAUUUCAUCAUCACCCAUGUCUUCUAAUUUAAGUAAUAUUUUAAUGAAUAAUCAAUCAUCCAAUUUAGGAAAUACUAAUUUAGGAAAUUCAUUAUCAUUUAUACAUAAAUUUACAUCUACCUAUUAUAUUAUUUAUAGAUUAGCAAGACAUUUUUGGGAUCAAAUGUUUGGAACUCAAAAUUACAAAGAAGAAGAUAAAUCUGAAACAUUUAAUGAAAAUAAUAUGAAUGUAAUUAAUAUUAAUAAUAUUAAUAAUAAUAAUAUUCAUAAUAAUAAUACCACCACUACCACUUCAAUAACAACAACAAAUAUAAGUAAUAUUAAUGUAUCAAAUAUUGCAUCUUCAUUACCAAUUUCAAUAUCAAGAAAUUCUUCAUUUAAUUCUUCUUCAGGUGUUGCUAAUAAUAAUUCACCACUAUUUAAUUCACCAUUUUUAAAUAAUACCAUUUCAACAUCUAUCAAUCAAUCCAAUAUUAAUAAUACUAAUAUGAAUCAAUCCAAUAAUAUUAAUAUGAAUAAUCAAUCUAAUUCAAUAAUAUCAUCAUCCUCUUCUUCUUCUACAAUUGGAUUAUCAUGCUAUUCUAAUAUAGCAUCUAAUAGAAUGUCAAUGAAUGUAUUUUCAAUGGAUAUUAAUGAUGGUGAUAAUUUUAAAACAAGAAAGAGAGGUGCUGUUAUUGGUGUUAGAAAUACAAAUUUUGAUCUUUUAUUUCAAUCAAGUCAUUUAAUUGAUUCAAAUAAUUCAAAUUCAUUCGAUUAUAGAAAUAGUAUUAACAAUAAUAAUAUCAAUAAUAUCGGUAAUAAUAUCAGUAAUAAUAAUAAUAAUAAUAAUAAUAAUAGAUUUAGUACACAAUCUUCUAAUAAUAGAUAUAAUAGUAUUAAUAGUGUAAAUAGUAGUAGUGGAUAUAGUAGUAUUGGAAGUAAUAAUAGUGGAAAUGGUAAUGGAGGAGGUGGAAAUGAUAAUUUUCAAUAUAACAAAUAUUCAUCACUUUGUAUAUGUUAUGUUUUAAAUUGUAGAAAUUGUAAUUUUACAGAUUCAGAUUUAUCAUUUUUUAUUUCAUCUAUACAUAGAUAUUAUAUGGAACAUAUUUAUACUUUAAAUACUAGUAAUUCUUCUAAUAUGGCAAGUAAUAAUAAUUUAUUAAAUCAAUUAUUAUCAAAUCAUUCUAAUAGUUUAUUUAAAAUACCAAUUAUGGUAUCUUUAAGAAAUAUAUUAAAUAUGCCAAAUAUAAAUGAUUUUAUAGAUAAAAUAAUUCAAGGAUGUUUUGAAUAUUAUUUUGGAAAUGUUAUAAAAUUAGCAAAUGAUAUUUUAUUUAAUGAAAAUUCAAAUUCUAAUUUUGGUAGUUUUACACAAAGUCCAAGAUUUAAUUCUAGAAAUAAUUCAUCAACUGCAAACAAUUUACAAAAACAACAUUUACAAUUUAAUAAGGAAAUUCAACAAUAUUUAAAACAAUUAAUUUUAAAUGGUAAAUGUAUUUUAAUUUUUGAUCAUUUUCAACAUUUUAAAGGUCAAGAAUAUUUUAAUAUCAUGUCACAAUUAUCAAAUUUAACAAAUAAUACCAUUUAUAUUAUUGAAAAUCAAAAUUUUACUCAGCAACAACAACAACAUCCAUUAGAUCCAAAUUUUAAUCAAUCACAACAUUAUAAUUAUAUUUUAAAAACUAUUGAUAUUCAAUCAAUGGGUAUUAAUAAUAUUUCAUCUCUUUUACAAAAUUGUGCUCCACCUCCUCCUAAUUUAUUCAUUUCUACUAAUUUAUCAAAUAUUUUAGGAAAUAUUGUUUCAGGACAAUCAAAUUCUUCAUCAUCCACUUCUUCUUCUUCAAUUAAUGCCAAUUCAAAUGUUAAAAAGAAUAAGGAUAAAAAGAAUUAUAGUGGAUCAUUAAAUUUAUAUAAUACUUUAUUUAAUGAAUUGAAUGAAUAUGAUUUUAGAUAUUUGGAAAUUGCUAGAAUUCCAUCAUUUGCUCAUUAUUUUGCACUCAAACAACAGGAAAAUAUUGAAUCUACUACUAAUAAUACUAGUAAUAAUACUAAUACUACUAAUAGUAAUACUAAUACUAGUAAUAGUUUAAUUGAAAUGAAUGAAAUACCAAUUAGAAUGAUGUUAGAACAAUUUUUAAACAAAUUUUACAUUUCAUCUGAUUUGAAUUUAUUACCAAGUAAUUUGGCAUCUAAUAAUUAUUUAUUUGGAAAUGUUAAUAGUAAUAAUAGUAUUGGAAUGAAUCAAUCAUCACAUCAUCAUUCACAAUCAUUCUUUAGAAGAGGAUCUGAACAACAACAGCAGCAACAACAAUCAACUCAUAUGGAUUAUGAUUCAUCAACUGAUUCACUUGUUGUUGUUGUAACACCUUCUUUAUUUGCUAAUAUUGAACAACAAUAUAGUGAUGUAUUUAAUUCAGCAUCUAAUACUCCAUCCACUUUAAUACCAAAUUCAUCUGAUUCCAAUACUGCUAUGGCUCAUUCACUCAGUAUUAGUCCAAAUAAUACUAAUACUAAUAGUGGUGGUGCUGGUACUGGUGUUUUUACUUCUAAUUAUGUAGGUGGUAGUGGAACACCAACAUCUAGUGGUGGUGUUGGUGCUGGUGGUGGACGUGUCAGAAGUAGAAGUUUAAGAUUUUCAAUGGGUAAAAGAGAUUCAAAGAAUUUGAAUUUAUUUAACAAUCAAACAAAUUCUUCAAGUGGUGGUGUUAUCUCAAAUUCAAGUAUAUAUAGUAAUAGUGGAGGAGGUAGUGCUACUACUAAUACUACUACUACUAAUAAUAAUAAUAAUAGUAGUGGAAAUAGACUUUCAUUAAAAGAAAGUGAUGAAAGAAAGAGAAUUUCCUUUAAUAAUAUUGAACAAUUUACAAAAAAGGAAAAAAUAUUAACAUCUAAUGAAUUUAUGGAAUUCAUGUUAGAUUUAGCAGAAUAUUUAUCAGUUUCCAAAAUUGAAAAGUUUAGAAAAUUACCCGAUGAUUUCUUUUCUGAAAGACCACAAUUAAGAAAGAAUGAAUUAUCUUCUUUUAGACAAAUUUCAUCAUCAACAACAAAUUAUUCAAAUAGUGUUGAUAAUUUAUCAUCUACUUCUAAUUCUUUUAAAAAUAAUAGUAGUAGAUCUAAUAAUAAUAAUAAUAGUAAUAAUAGUAUAAUGAAUAUAAUGAAUAUAAGAAAUAAGAAAGAACAACAACAACAACAUUCAAGACAAUAUAAUAGUAUGAAUAAUCAUACAAGUAGUAUUUUAAAUGGAUUAUCAUCUAAUAAAUCUAAUAGUGGUAAUUUAUGGAAUAAUUCAUCACCAUCAUCAUCAUCCACUACUACUAAUAAUACUACUAAUAAUAAUAAUAAUAAUAAUAUAAAUGGAAGUAAUGUUCUUAAUAAUAUAAAUGGAGAAUUAAAAGAUAUACAAGAAAUUGAAACUAUAUAUAGAGAAUAUCUAAAAAGGGCAGUUACUUCUAAAUAUACAAGUAUUCAACAAAUUGCUUUAAGAAUUUUAAUUAAAAAUGAAACAAUAAAUUCAGAAGAUGAAGAUGAUAUUUCAGAUGAUAUUUCAGAUUCAUCAUCAUCAUCUUGUUCUUCUUCUCAUUCUGAUAAAAAUGGUAAUAAUAAUACAGAAAUGGAAAUUUCACAUAAAAAUUUAUUAAAUCAAUUUGAAUUUUUAGAAUUAAAUUCAAAUGGUAAAAUUUCACAUAUUUUAAAAUUAUGUAUUUCAUAUUUAUUACCAAAUUUAUUAGAUAAUAAUGAACAAAAAGGAAUUGCUUCAAUACCUACAAAUAUAGAAUUAUAUUAUUUUGAUCAAAAUUUUAAUUUAGAACAACAUUUAUCAUUUUUAUCAAUUUUACCAAUUUCAUCUGAAAGAGUUAUAAAAAGAUUUAUGGAUUUAAUUCAAAAUGGAAAUCAACCUUUUAUAAUUAGAUUUUAUGCUUGUUUUUAUUUAAAUGAAAUUUUUAGAAAAGAUCAAAAUUUAUCAAAUGUUAAUACUUUAUCUUUAUUUAGUAAUACUAUUAUUGAAAGACAAUUAAUUGAUGGAAUUUCUUCUUUUAUUUUAAAUUCAAAUACUCAAAAAUUAUUAAAUCACAUUUUUCAUUUCAUUAAAUUUGGAACUAAUCAACAACAAAAAGAAGAAUUUGAACAAACAAUUUUAAAAAGAUUAAUUGCAACAACUUCACAAUCUUUUAAUGGUGGUUCAAGUAAUAAUAAUAAUAAUAUUAAUAAUACUGGUAAUAAUAAUAUUAAUACUGGUAAUAAUAAUAAUAUUGGUAAUAUAGGUGGUGGUAGUAAUAAUAAUUCAAGUAAUAAUAAUAUAGGUGGUAUAGGUGGAAGUUUUGGUAAUGUUAGUAGUGUUGGUGGAAUGAAUAAUAGUGGUGUGAAUAUUAGUGAGUGGACAGUUCAACUUUCUCACUUGUUAUAUCCUCCUACUUCUAAUACUACAAGCAAUAGCAAUAAUAAUAGUGGUACAUUUAUGGGUGGUGGAGUUGGAGGAGGAAUGAAUUCACCAACAAGUGCCAUGUUUCCAAAUUAUUCAAUUUAUAAUAAUAUUAAUUCUCAAGAUUCUCAACAACAGACAAAUAAUAGUGGCAAUGCUGGUAAUUAUAAUACUAUUGGAUCAUCUGGACAAUCUAACAAUAGACGUAAAUCAACCUUAACAAGUUUAUUUGGAAAUAUUAGUGCUGCAUCUUCAUUAAUUGUUGAUUCUUUAAAUUUUGGAUAUUCUAAUGUUACAACUCAUAUUUCAUAUUUUCCUAAUCAAGUAUUGAAAGGUUUAAUACAACCAUGUAUGGAACAUCAAAUUGUUCGUUUAGGAUUAGAAACAAUAACAAGUAGAUUUAAUGUUCUAAAUGAUAUUACUGCAUUGAAGAAUGAAUCCAUUAAUCAUUCUUAUAAUUAUGAAACUUCUCUGAUUCAAAAUUCCAAUAACAAUAGUAAUGGAACUAUAAGCUCGUUGAGUUUAAAUUCUAUGAAGAGAUGGUACGAAAACUCAAAUUAUAUUGUCCAAUUGAAUACUUUUUCAUGA